CAAUAGAAGCGUCUACGUAUGUCUGUCCUUAUCCGCCACCCCCUAUUCGCGUUAGGGUAGUUUCAUCCCUAAGGAAACGAACAUAGCGCCGGCGUUGAGCAUCCGGAACGGCGUAGUAACAAUGGUGUAGGGAAAUUCUGACCCAGAAAAAUGAAUAUCUCGCAUCCAAGUCAAUGUUUGUACCUAGUGGUAAAUUCAAGUGCUUCGUGAAUUUAAACAGUGCUUAAUAAGGUCAAUUUCUUGUGUGUAUUGUCCAUCCAGUUCGUGUGCCGAUUAAUAAAUAUUAUUCUUUUCUAUAUGACAAGCACACAGCCUCAUUUUGACCUACAUCAAUGUAUAAAAUUCAAAAUACUUGCCGGUUUAAUUAUAGAUCGUUUUAUUUUCGUUACCGCACAUGGUAAACUAGUGCAAACUUGAAAUAUUUUUAAGAUGGCAGUAAAUUAAGGUCGUCUAAAAAUUAACGCGAAAAUGUUUAGUUGUUUGUGGCAUCUGUGGGACUGGUUGGACCCUACUAGCAUGGAAAGUAAGAAAAGCACAUACGCUAACUCAGGAACGGUACAAGGCAACGAAUCUAUAUCUAAUGAAACGAUUCAAAAGCAUGCACUUCAGCAAAGUAGUGCCCCACAACCACUGAGGUUACUACAGUACGGUUUAAAAGUCCCUAACCACCAACACACUCAGUUAAACCAAACUAUCAAGCAGCAACAACCUCCCCAACGAAAUUUUCAUAUACAUCAGCAUCUCCACCAACCGCAGGUUCCUUACCAACCCAGUGCAGCCCAUCAACAUCCGCAGCAGCCGUUUCGCCAAGUUCAAAACACUAAUGUUUACCAAAAUCAAUUGUAUCAUCAAUAUCAGACUCAACAUCCCCACGAGCAUAUUCAGAAACAGCAAACGAGUCAAGGCCAAUCCCCUCCUCAAAUCAAAAAUAAUCUGAAUCAACAAAAUUCCCAAAUAUGGGUCCCCCAUCAGGCUCCUACGCAUUAUCACACCACUCAUCAACUCAAAGGGGAGCAAAAUGUUACGAAACCAGCCGCGUCAACGACGAAACAAUCGAAGGAAAUUGAAAAAAAGAAGUCUAGUGGAGGGAACUCUCAGCAACAGUUGAGAUCUCCUUCCGCCAAAAGACCGAUUGAAGCCCCCGUCACUAUGCAGGGGUGGCUUCAUAAACAAGGGUCAGAAGGAUGGAUGCUUUGGAAGAAACGAUGGUUUGUCUUGUCAGAGUAUUGUCUCUUUUAUUACAAAGGUCCAGAAGAAGAGAAAUUGCUAGGAUCCAUUCUUCUUCCUUCGUAUAAGGUUUCUAUAUGUACUCCUGAUGAUAAAGUGAACAAAAAGCAUGCUUUUAAAUGCGAACAUGUCAAUAUGAGGACGUACAUUCUUGCCGCAGAUUCCCACGAAUUAAUGAUGCGAUGGGUUAAAGUGUUAGCGAUGGCUUGUAACUUACAAACUUGCAUGGAAUCUGAACAGCAGCAGCAGCCAAUAAGUUAUUCUGCAGAUCAAAGACAACCGGAAAAUUUGACUUCUAGCAAUUCUCAAGGCAGACAAGUGCCUAGAUUAAGAAUAACUUCCAAUCAUACGCAUUCAAUUGACAAUACUACUGACAUAAGUAAUCCAAGUCAAUACGAAUCAAGUCAGUACUCUCAACCUCUUUAUGCGAAUGCUCCUCCUAAACCUAGACGGUUAACCGAUGGUUGUUCAUCUCCCAGUCCCGAUAUUAUUGAACGCUACAGCGUGGAAUCAAAGUACCUUGGUCACCAAUGUCCUCCACAGCCGAUUUACAUAUCGAGAAGUUUAGAAAAAUCGCCUAUCAACGUUUAUUCGAAUCAACAAAUGGAACACUAUUCAUACAGCCCUAGACCACCACAAAUGUAUCAAAAGCAUCCCCUCAAUUCUCCAGACUUCAUUAGAGAUCAAAACGUGAUGGUUCAGUGUAUGGAAAGAAGAACGCCUGACACUUACGGAAGAUCGAAUUUGCACCAUGUCAGAAGUCUGCGUAGUUCCGAUUAUGAAGACGUUUAUGGUGACCAUUCGAUGUAUAAAAGGCCUCUUAGUCCUGUAGCUUAUAAUAGUGGUUCUAAACUGAAUCCAGCGGCGAAUGUGGCCGGACAGCGACCGUACACGCCCAUUUUUAUACAAGGCCCUAAAGAUAAUCUUCAAUACAUGCCACCGCCUCAAAUGAGAAAGAUUCCUAAUACUGUUCCUCGUCCUCACAGUGCUGACUUCCUAGAAUACGAAGUCAAGCAUUCUGAAACUAACACUAUUGUGAUGAGACAACCGAGGCCUAAAUCUAGCUUAGAUAUAAAUAAAAAUGUAGCCAAUGAUAAUUAUUUUUAUUCGGAGGAAAGGUACGCGGAGAAAAUGCGAAAAUCUUCACAAUAUUUAUCGAAAAUGCCGAAAUACCCUCCUCCGCCUUCAGAAUAUGCCAGUGUGCCUCAGAAAUCUCCUUCUGGAGAAUCGAGAAGUCCCUAUUUUUUGAUGCGUUCCAGAACGCAGCCUAUGGAUAAUUUUUUGAGAAAAGAACCUCAAACUGUUCGGAGUGUAAGUGUACUUAGUGACAGUUCGUUGUCUAAAGAACUUGAUAUAGAUAUGCGAAUGAGCCCGAGAAGUCGCUUUGAAGGAGAAGCCAUCAGUCCCGCUCCGCGAUCCCGGUCUGAAAACUACGAUCAAUUUACAAGAUCUGCAAGUGCAAGGCUCGCACAAAAUUUCAAUUCUGCUGAAAGAGCUUACUAUGCAAGCAGAGUGAAUAACAAAGACGGAGAACGAAAGAGAGAAGAAUCAAUGAAAAGACUACUGGAAUGGAAACAGAGAAUGCUUCAAUCUCCGCUUAACCGAAAAGUCAGUCAAAACUCCAGUAAAGGGAUUUCAAAUCGUAAUCUCUAUUAUAAAAACCACAAUGCUUACCAAGAAUGUGGCAAAUCAUUCGGUACCCUUCCUCAGUACAACAGUUACUCAUCCGAUGACGAAGAAAAUGAGGACGGCAGCAAAGAAAACGUACAAUUACAGGCAGGACGGACCACGGAAGGGUUUGCCGGCAUUUCCAAAUCUCACAGUUCUGCACCUAGUUCGUAUACCACUUCUUCUAACUCUGAUGUGCCCUUUGACAAAAAAAAUGACACGACGCACGAUUUUAAAAAUUCUCCUUGCACUUCUUCCGAAACUUCUAACUAUACUUCUUGUAGUACCCUUAAAAAUGACAAAAACGAAAACUCACCCCGAAAUUCUUUAUCAGACGAUAUUUUCGAGAAGCCUUUAAAAAUUUCCAAUAAGCAAUUUACCCACACGGCUUUAGUAUCUAACUUACGUUCAGAAUAUUCUAACAAAUUUGAAAAUAGCCCAUCCAUGACAGAAAUCAAAAGCAACGAUGCUUUAGUAGUGAGUAUUUUAUCUGAAUUUGAAAAAAACAAUCAAUUUGACGGUAUAGAGAAAAACGAAGAUGACGAAAAAGGCGAUACCGUUGAGGAAAAUUAUAUGACAAUGACUCCUAAAAAAAGCGUUCUUGGACCAAGCGAAUCUUUUAGCGAAUUAACUGUUUUAGAAUUAGAGGAGAAUCCUUAUGUCGAAAUGACGCAUACCAUUAACACUUCCAUGUCUAAAUUAAACGUCAAUUUAUCUGAACCAUACGAAUCGCAGCCUUAUGAAAUGAUUUACUUCCCUUCAACUAAAGCAGAACCUGUUUACAUGGAAUUAAAUCAGAAAGGCAGUUAUUUUUCGAACAGUACCACCCAAGAAGAAAAAGGCGAGCUUCCAGAUAUUUUAAUGGCAUCACAAAAUAAAACAAAAUCCAAGUCUGAUAGUUCCGACGCUGAUGAUGAAGCAUCUAAAGACUUAGAUUCUUUGGAAGCUCCUUGUCAUCCCCGUUUCAGUUUGUCCGACACUUUCCGACCAGCUUCUUAUUAUUUAGGACCAUGUCGAAUGGCUCCCGAAUUCCAAGAUAGUUCCGACAGUGAAUUGGUGUCACCUCCGCCGAUUCCUACGUCUCCUCCGCCAAUUGACGAUUUAGAAAAUGUCGAAGAUUAUCCUGACGAUAAUUUCACAGGAGGUGAUAAGAAGAUCGACAUUUUUAAAUAUUCUAAUGCAACUACUAGAAAUUUUGGAAGCCAGCAAAAGGGCGAAAGUGAAGUUGCCAAUACAGCGGAAAACAACUUGUAUCUUACAAAAAGCGGCGAUAACAACUCAUUGUAUUGUUUAAAUGGCGAAGCAAACAAAACGACGAGGAGACUGUCACAGACAAGCGACUCCGCUGUUGAAAUUCGAUCUGGCACGUCUUCAAACAGUAAUCUACCAGAACACACAAAAAGAAGACCAGUUUCAGAAAUGUCGAAAGAAUUUUACGAAAACUCUCAAAGAAAAAAUGCGCAUUUAUAUUCAAGAUCUAAUAAUGAUCCUUUUAAAAACGCGGAACGACUUUCGCCAGGCUGUCAGUACGAAACCUUUGGACAAUGCAAAAAGCAACAUCUCCACAAUUACGAAAAUAUGGUAGUUGUUAGUGGCAUUGAACGACAAAGGAACUUAAAAGGGUUGACAGCACCUUCUCCGAAAAGAGACAUUCAAAAUUCGUCGUCAAUCAUUCAAGCAUCGCAUUCUAGAGAAAACAGUAGAGAUACGGUCACUAGUGAAACUUCGAUUCGUACUUUUAAAUCAGAUUCCAGCGGUAGAUCGUUAUUAUCCCCCAACGAAUUUGCUCUUCGAGGACAUUCAAGUAGUCAAGCUUCCUUACCAUCCGAAAUGUCAAGAAUAUAUAUCCGAAAUAGUCCAUGCUCAACACCAAAUGAAAGCGCGUUAAGCGUUGAAGAGCCAGUUUCAAUAUCGUUAUACUUUCCAGAAAGCAAUCAGAGCGAUCCCAACGGCACUACCUUAGGAACCCAACCAGCCCCUUAUUAUUACUCAGACCUUUCAAUCAACACUUCUCACACCGGAAGUAGUUCGUCUAUUCUAACACUGAACAAUCAAAGAAAUGCAACCAGCGGAAGUAAAAAGGACAUUUCUAGAAUAACGAAUCCAAUUAGAUGUAACAACCAACGCAGAAACUUUAGACAGUCUUCGCCCAGAAACUUUUUCAACAAUUCGUUCAAGCUUGCAGCGGAAGCUAGAUCAGCUUCUGCCGACUUUCUCAACAUAGCCGAUAAGAGUGGUAACAUCGACAAGAAAAAUUUGUACGAAUCGGACACACUGAAACGUCUAAAGAUGAACGAUUCAAACUCCAGUUUGCAAUCUAAAUCCGAGUUACGUAACAUUUAUCCUUGCAGUAAAGUUGACAAAUUCAAUGAAGAAAUUGAAGUAGACGCAAACGUCAGGAGAUCAUACUCCUUAGAAGGUUUAUUAGAAAACGUGUUAAACGACAGUACUUUUAGAAUGCAAGAAGAGAUGCAAUCGAAAGACGACGAAGAAGAAACGAUAGAAACGCAACAGAAUGCUGCAACGGAAGGAAGUUACGUUUGGGAAGAAGAUUCAGUAUGGUACGAAAGACUUCGAUUAGUAAGUCAAAGACAUACAAGAUCGCUGGAUGAUUUAGACGCUUUGACAGAAACAGAAAAGAAAAACAGAAAACAACCUCGAGGAAUAAGUAGAAUGGUUACAUAUGUAAAUGACUCAAUGUUUAACGUUCCAGUCCAAGACAAAGGCCAAGAAUCCGACGAUGCUAAAAAAGAGUACAGCAACGAAAACGAAAAUAGCAGUAAAGAAAGUAGUUUCAUUAUUGAUAGAGAGAAACUGAGACAAUGGGAUUUUUUAUCCAGCGCGCCUACUGAUGCAGAAGUACAAAUAUCUCAACAGGGUACACCAGGGUUAGCAAAUAAUAAUGUGGUUGCAGAAACAGGUGCAAGAACUAGUACCGUUUCCGAGAUCACUGAACAAGCCAACCAACAACCAACAGCAUCUGGCUCAAUAUCUAUUAAUACCAGAGACACCUUCCCAAAAGCGAUACCAGGGAAGAAAAAAUGGAAUCCUAAUGCCAGACCUAUGUACUCUAAUGCCAUUUCAAAUAGAAAUUUAAAUGACUCUCCUAAGACAGACCCUUCUCAUCAAGGAAUAUAUACACCCCAAAUGCACAAUCACGAUAUGAAUUCAAACACUUCUCAAAACAGCAGUAUGAGAAGGACUAAUCAUUCGCAGAAUGAGGAAAAAAUUAAUGUAUCAGCAGGGGAAUUACUUGGUAGAACGCACGAAGAGCUGGUUUUACUACUGAUCCAAUUGCGCAGGCAAAACUCAAAUACGUUUAAUACCAUCGAGGCGUGCUAUAAUGAAAUUGAUAAUAUACAGAAAAAAAUCCCGAAAAUAGAUGCUGCAAAGCGCUUGGAAAAUCUUCAGAAAUUAGAGCAAAUCAAGCAACAUUUACUAGAAUUAGAAAAACAAUAUGAAAAGAGCAAACCUUUGGUAAACUUGGUUGAUAAUAUGGUAAAAUUGGGAUCCCUGUAUCGAUUCCCUAAAGAUCGCAUUAAUUACGCUCAGCUCAAAGAUAGGCUCGAAUUUAAUCAACAGAUUCAAGAACGAAGACUUUUAGCGGAAGAAAGGAGAGAUUGGAACCGCUUGGUACCUGACCACUCCGAACUUCAAGCAAAAGUACAACAGCUUUAUCAACUAGAUAAACUAAUUCAAGAAGAAUCAGAAACACUGCAAGGACUGCAACAUGACAAAGAAGAAAUAGAACGAGCUUUAGGGGGUCUUCGAAAUAAAUUGACCAAGGGAUUUAACGAUCCUGCUAAAAUCCAACAGGUCAGAAAAGAACAAAUGAUGUUAGAAAAUGAGUUAUGUAGAGUCCAUGCCAUGCUUGCUCAAAAUUCUAAGAAACUGGAAGAGACAGUAGCGGGAAACGCUACUUUAGAGCAAGAGUUACUAGUUUUAAAACAAAAACUGCAAAACAGCAGACCACAAAGAAGUUCGCCACAGAUUUCAAAUGCCGGUGACAGUCUACCAUGUGCUUUAGGAACAAGUGCCAUGUUAGAAUCAGAUUUACAUAGAGUCCAGCAAAAAACGGGAGAUUUUCAAAGACAAAGACAAGAACUGAGUAUGCAAGUCAGGCAGUUAACAGAUCGUUCUAGCAAUCUUCAGCAGUUAAGGUCUUCGGCAACAACACCCGUUCAAAAUAUUCACAACCAGAAAAAGAAAAUUCAUUCGUUAUGGCGAGAAACAGACCUAGAUACGAUGCACUCUGUAGAUCAUGGCGAUUUAUGGGAGUCGUCCAAUGAAACAUUACCGGUGUCAACUCUCCAUUCAAGUUCAGAAGGAACACAAAACGUGGACUUUGAAGAUUAUCAGCGGGGUUUAAAAUCGAGCGAUUCCGCUAGUGACGACACUACCUUAAGUUCUAACAUUAUUCCUCAUGAAAAGCAGGAGAUAAAAACGGUAAGGAUUGUCAAAAGAGAAUCUGAACGCAGGCAGAGAGAUCGUGAAAAGACAACGGUCAACGGAAAAUGGGAUACUGUUCUGGAAGAGGACGAUUCUUCCUGUUCAAGUUUGUUCAAACCAGCACCUGUUCAAAAAACAAAAAGCGCAAUAAAUCUAGGCUCUUCUGAACAAGAACUGCUAUCGAGGCAAAAUUCGCUAUCCAAUCCCAGUUUGCACGAAAGCUAUACGGAUACCCAAACUUUACCGUUAACCCGCAAUCCCCACGAGUUGUCUCCCAUAUUUAAAAGUGAAGCAGCACGUCAGAUUAUUAUUGAAAUGUCGCAAGAGACCCCAAAAAAUAAAAACAGACGAGCGGUCCCAAAAGAAAAAAGGAGACAUUAUACAGCUCCUAAUAAUGAUUUAAUAAUGAAAAGCCUAAAUCAACUUCCCACCGACGAUAAAGCAUUCGACAAACUGGACUUAAAUAGUAGACGGGCUAGGGAUGAUUUAGACAUGGAAAGAGCUUUAAGGCAGCGUAUAGAUACUCCUGAUGUAGUAAGGUCGACGCUAAGUAACAAAGAACUUAAGUAUAAUGAAAACACUAUAGAUAACAUUCUCGGAACGCCAAACAAAAUUUUUAUACCUGAAAGAUAUAUUCCUGAGCAACUUCCUCAAUUAUCAUUCGAAGAACAACAACACAGAUUAAGAAAAGUAGAAUCUAUCAAGAAAAUGCUCUCUGAUACUACAGUGAUUAGCGGAAGUUCUGCCAAUUUGGCAUCAGAGAGUACAUCAUACUCUGGAAACUCAUCCAAUAACAUAACGAACAAGGCAACGUCGAAAAUGAUAGAAGAAAAAAAGCAAAGAGAACACCUCUUACAACUAAACCAAAUAUUAGCUAAACAAGUAAUGGAAAUGAGCAAAAUUGUUGCAGCGAAAGCUCUUGCGUCUUUGCCCCUGGAAAGAGAAAAAUACAAUUCUGAAGAGGAAGAAGAUUAUUCUCCAGAAACUCCAUUACCUUUAUACCAGCAACGUGAUAAUUUUUACAGUUAAUUAAUGCUACAUGUAGUUUUGAUCUUUUUUUUUUGUACAAAAUGAAUUAUUGUGUUCAGACAAAUUUAAGUUAAGGUAAAUUUACAAACAGUAUUACUGAAAGUAUAUAUACUAUUGUAAUAUAUAAACUGAGUGCCAGACAAUAACUUAAAUUAUUUUGUAGAUAUUUAAUUGUUAAUGUUGUAUAAACUGUUGUUAAGAUCAGUCAUCGUUAUAUUUAGUAUAAAUUGCUCAAUUUUAUUUUAAAUGCACUACUUAUAAUAUUUAUCAAUUUAAAUGGUGAAGGUCUACAGAAAAUACUAGAUAUUCGAAGUGACUAAAUGCUAUCUAUUUUAAAAAAUACAAAGUAGUUCAUUAAAGCUCUUUUUUGAUAUUUUUAUUAUUAUUAAUACAGAGCGUUC